GAUCCCUGUAGCUUAUGUGAUUACAAAUCACCACAACUAAAAGUCCCACAGAGCUCAGCCCUGCAUCCUCUCAGCCCCUUGACUUCAUCCGGGUGCGGUGGAGGCUGCCACCAGCGGCGGCCUCUGCCUCGUGAAGGAUCCUCGUUGGGGGUGUUUGUUAUUUGUUUGUUUGUUGUUGUUCUUGUUCACGCAAUUCGGGAGCGUGCAAACCCGGGCGUGGAUUAAGCUUCAACCUCCACUUCGUCUGCACGGAGAGACUUGCAGCGUCUCGGUUAAGAAGCUGGCGCGCUCGGGAUGUAACCGGGCAACGUUGCACGACUCCCGCCGCGGAGCCUCGGGCUCGCCUAGAACGCCUACCGAGUUGGGUGCGAGGCAGGCGGCGGGCCGCGCGGGCGUAGUCCUAUGUGUGCGUGAAGGGGUGAGGGAGAAGACAGACGCGGUGGAGAGACACGGGAGAGAGAGAGAGCGAGACGCAGAGAAGGGUUUAGACAUCGAGAGAGACACAAAGGUGUCUUUGGAAACGCCGCGCUCCGACACGUAAACGCAGCGAGAAGAGAGACAGGCGGAGAUUGAUGUAAACACGGUGCGCGUGGCACGGUGAUGCCAAGAUGCCAACGGUGUGGCCCACCCUGCUGGACCUGGCCCGCGAGGAGUGCCUGGGCAUACUUCGCAAGCUGGAGCUGGAGGCGUACGCGGCGGCUGUGAGCGCCUUGCGCGCUCAGGGAGACCUCACCGUAGAGAAGCGCGAUCUGCUCAGCGAGCUCAGAAAGGUGUUCAGCAUUUCCACGGAACGGCACCGCGCGGAGGUGCGCAGGGCUUACAACGAUGAAAGGCUUUCCACCAUCGCUUUUCACGUGUCGGGGCCCAACAGCGGCACGGAGUGGUCCAUUGAGGGGCGCCGGCUCGUUCCGCUGCUGCCCCGGCUGCUGCCCCAGACGGUGCUGACGCGCUCGGCCAACUCGGCUGCCCUCGCCGUGUCCGCCCACAACUCCACGCUUCCGUCGCCGGGACUCACGGGCAACAAGGAAGUGGUGGUGAGCUACAGCUAUGCCAGCCCGUCCCCAAUCUCCCCGACCGUGUGCACCUCACCACUGGGUGGCGCCAGCAGCAGCAGCAGCAACAACAACAACAGCAGCGGUGGUGGCGGCAGUGGCGGCGGCGUUGGGGCGGGGGCGGCAGUAGCAGCAGCGGCGGCGGCAGCGGUGGUCCCCACCAAGUCUCCGCGUCCGGUCAGCCCAGCAUCGAGCGUCGUCGUGCUGCCCAGUGGGAACACCGUCUACGUCAAAAGCGUCAGCUGCUCCGAGGACGACGAAAAACCCCGCAAGAGGCGUCGCACCGACUCGUCGGGCUCCCCGUCGCUCGCUCUGAGCGACGGCACACUCCGGCUCGCCACGUCGCCCUCGCCACAGCCGCCGGCACCGCUGCCGCCUCCGCCACCGCCGCCGCCGUCACCCGCCACCGCCACCGCCAUGCUCACCAGCCCCACCGCCGUGUCGGCGGGCCACCCAGCCUUGUCAGGGCCGAAGGUCGGCGUCUCCGUUACGGCCGGGUCGCUGUUUUCCGGCGGCAGCGGCGGCGGCGGCGGCAGUCAAACACAGCAGCAACAGCAGCAGCAGCAGCAGAUGUUGAAGCAGCAGCAGCAGCAGCACACGCACCACAUGUCGCCCGUGAAGAUUACGUUCACACGGCCCGUCACGCCCACCACGGCGAGCUCCACGCAGAAGGUGAUAAUCGUGAGCACCACCGCGGGCCCCACCUUCCUGCCGGGCAUCCUGUCCAAGCCGCACGGCCUCGUGCAGCCGGGCGGUGGCGCCGCCGCUCCCCAGCACCGCGCGCCGCCCGUGCUCAUCGCGUCCAGCUCGGGCGGGCACGGCGGCCAGCCCCUGCUGCUGGGGGCGCCCAUCGCCGUGGCAACCGGGUCCUCGGCCGCCACCGUUUCCGUGGCGACGAGCUCGCACGCCGCCCUGCACCAAGGUCUGAGCGCGGUGGCGGGCGGCAAGGUGGGGCCACCCGCCAAGGCGCCCGUCAUGGGCCCCGCUCGAGCCGUGGCAACCAACCUGCCACAGCAGAUGGGCACGGGCAGCGGAGGCGGACAGAGCGCCGCUCAGAAACCCACCAUCCAGAUCAAGCAGGAGUCGGCAGGCGUGAAGAUCAUCACGCAGCAGCUGCCGCAGAGCAAAAUCCUACCGAAGCCGGCCGGCGUGGCAACCACCGCGGCGCCUAUCAUGGUGGUGAGCAACCCGGCUGCCGUAGUGACCACUCGCCUCGUCACCGCGCCAACGGCAGUCAGCUCCCGUGUGGCAUCGCCGGGUCCCACCUACCUGAAAACGACCAGCGGCAACAUCAUCACGGUGGUGCCCAAGUCGCUGGCGUCAUCGCUGGGCGGAAAACUUCUGAGUUCCACCGUCAUGUCCGGCACAACAACGAAGAUCACGACCAUUCCGGUGUCGAUGGCGUCCAAGUCGAACGUGAUCGUGGUGCAGAAGGCGCCCGGCAAGGGAGCGUCCAUCCAGGGCCUCGCGGGGAAGAGCGUCGUCACGACGCUGCUGGGAGCAGCCAGCAUGGGAGGAGCGGGCGAGAAGGGGCUCCAAGGAACGUCGUCGGGGCUGAAGCCGACCAUCCUGACGACGGCACGGUCCGGAAUCAGCGGCGGCGGCGGCGGCACCAUCUCGAAGAUGAUCGUGACGCAGAACAAGCCGGGCGGUGUGCCUCCCAUCCCCGCCGCCAAAAUCCUGCCGCCCAAAAACCCUUACACGCAGCCCCAGGUGCUGAUUAAGCCAAAGCCCAUUGCCACGACGAUGUCGAUGGUGGGGGUUUCCGUAGCGACGGCCACGCAUGAUGCAGACAGUACAGGCGCUGGAGAUGCAGCAGCAGAUGAGGACAGGGGGGAGGAGAUGGAUUCUUCCAUUGCCAUGGAAACGGGCACUACCAUCUUGCAAGAGUGCGUGCCAGGCUGGAGAGACGCCAUGGACGUGAGCGAGGCUUCGGCAGCUUCCCACUCGGCAACCUCCACCAUCCGGGCCUUCAUGGAGAUGCAGAAGCCUGGAGGCGUGUACCCGCCCCUCCCUCCUCACUGCCUGCUGGGAACACUGGGCAGCAAAGCGUCCCGCAGUCGGGACAAGCCUCGCAUGCCAACCAUUGACCUGAGCCACAUGGUGAUUCCCGUCGCCAGGGGAACAGAUGUUGUCGUCACGACAACCACGGGCGACCGGACAAACCGCACGGUCACGGCCAGCAUCAAGACACAAGAGGGGGUGACCAUGGUGGGCACAAGGGCCCCGAGCGAUCACGACUACCCGGGAGGCGAGGACGGAAUCCUGGACCCGCAGACGGGCCUGUUUUACCGCGCUCCUCUCUCCCGCCUGCCCGUCGCCGCCACAAGACAGCCAACCGUCAUCGCCUCCACCUCCACCAUCACCACCACCACCUCCAUCGGCACCAGUAGCACCAUCAGCAGCACCAUAACUGUGCAGCCUUUGAUCACCAAGGGGGGCGCGGUCCCCAAGAUAAGUUUUGCGCCGUCCGUGAACCGAGCUGAGGUGCACACCCUCUCGUGCCGGCCAGCUCUGCCGAGUCAAGGACAGAAAGCUCUGGCGGGGGCUCGCGCGACAGACAUCCUGCGGAUGUCGAUGCUGGAAGCUCGCCUGGACGUGAGCGAAGCGGCCAGGGAGGCCGCUGCCGCAAGGGCGGCGGCGGCGGCGGCGGCGGCGGCAGCGGGCAAGGGGGGGGCAGGGCACGGGCAAGGUCAGGGAGCGGUGACAGCCGUCGUCGGCAGUGGGGGCGCGGCGGGAGACGAGAAGAAAAUAAUAACCGGGCGAAUUAUCGACCUGCAAAAGUCUGGCGUCCUCAGUGGGGAGCAAGGCAUGCUGGGAGUGCGACUGGUGCCGACCACGGCGCGGGCAUCCGGGAAAACGGGCGACAUCGCCAUCACCGUGGGCGACAUCGUCCCCCAGCGACUGGCCGGCUUCCCGAUCGUCUGCGGGGGGACCAUGCUGAUGAGCACCAGCGGCGGUCGAAGCAGCCCGAGCGUCAGCAACUCCAGCGUCGCCGGCGGUGCUGGCGGUGGAGGCGUCGGCGGCGGUGUCGCUGGCGGCGGCGGCGGCAACGAGGGCGGGGCGAGGGGGCCAGCGGGUUCAAGCGGCGCCAGCGUCGUGGUGGAGCCCAGCGGGCUGCUCAACGUGACCGCCUUCACCAGCCAGCGCGUGCGCGAGGACCCCUUUGGGCGGCCGAGGGAGUCGCCCGACACGGCCUCGGAUGACGACGUCGACGAAACGUGAUGUUUGCUUCGCGUCGAGCGCCCGGGGAGCGUGGUACCUGUGAGUGCGUGCGCGUUACGUGCGAGUGCGUGUGCGUUACGUGUGCGUUACGUGCGAGUGCGUGCAUUGAGCACCAGGUGUGUUCCGUGCGAGUGAGUGCGUUGAGCACCAGGUGUGUUCCGUGUGAGUGCGUGUGCGUUACGUGCGUGUUACGUGCGUGUUACGUGCGAGCGUGUGCGUUGAGAGCCUGCGUGUUACCAGCGAGUGCGUGUGCGCAUUUGUUGGAUUUUUAUUACUAACCGACCGCCACUGUUAUUAAAAGUACUUUUUUACGUUUUCAGUUAUUUUAUUAAAUGCCUUCGAGUUGAUUUGGCACCACGCACGCACAACGCGCGCGCCAACGGUAGGAAAGUACGACUCUUAUAUGUACCCAGCCUACACGCAUCUUGCUUUUGUGCGACGGCGUUUGCUCAUCACUUACGUAAAGUGUUUGCAAUUGAAUCUCCGAGUUGAUGGGCUUUUUUUCGCGUCAUAUUAUAUUUUAUUGAAGUGCGUUAAACAGUGGUCAUUGCUCAUCAUUCACUCACGGAAGCCCUUUAAUGUUCUGACAAAAGGUAUCUUGCCGUGUUAGGCUAUGGGGAAAUGCGUAAUGAACGAAGGUCAAGACGCCAUCACUGCCGGUGCCGUUGACUCCAGCGCACCUUCCGCCGUCCUGCCAGAUCCCGCAGCAGUUGCAGGGUCGACAUCCAAAAUUCCAAGGUGCGAUGAAACGCUCGACCGAAGCAAAGCAGAUCUGUAAUGUCGCGGCAAAUUUUUAAGUCGGCCAUCUCAUUGAAAUGCGAAAUUGUCCUUUGGUAAUCACGUUGUUCUCAUUGCGUUCCAAUGUGGGCGGUAAUACAAUGAGGUGUGGAUAUAUUUGCAGCAGCAUUUAAAUCCGACCCAUAUGGUCAAGACACUGUACGGAAACCAGUUCUAAGAGUAGACAAAGUGUCAGAGUGACGGAAACUAGGCUGGCUGGCUGGUAGUGUGUAGGAGUACAUUUUCAACAGCAACAAAAAAAUGAGUCAACUCGCGGUACCGACUAAUAAAAUCCCUGUGAACUCGUGGUGCGGUCGCUGCAUUCAUUCUAAAGAGGACGAGUUUGCCAGCUUCUGGUGAACAUCACAGGAAAAAUAACAAUUCGUGCGGUUUACUUCACCCCCCGCCCCGACCAACGUCUUAGUGACGGUGCGAGAGAUCGCAUUGCAAAGGUUUCCUGAGCGUGUGAUCAAUGGGGGGAAAGUGUUCGCGACGAGCUGCGUAAAUAUUCUGGCAAGCUAACGGAAUGAGUUGGCCUUCCUUGUUCCUCUGCCACUUUCCGAUACAACUCUGUUGUCUUGAGUUUAGUCGCAUUUCCCGUGCUUUAUAGAUAGUACGAUGAAGGCACUGAUGAUCUUUAAAGCUUUUAAAUAAAACCCACAGAGGCAUUCGGCACGUGGAGCUGCUCCAUGUCUGUGUCAUGAUGACGUAGCAUUAAACUUUUUCUGGCUAUA